GCCACCACCACAGUGUAUGUCACCGUCCUGGAUGAGAAUGACAACGCUCCCGCUUUCCGGCAGCAGCUGUACGAGGUGACCCUCGACGAAGGUCCCGCCACACUCAACGCCACCCUCGUCACUGUGCAGGCCCUGGACCAGGAUGAAGGACCCAACGGCACUGUUGCAUACGCCAUCACCGAAGGCAACAUCUUGGGUACCUUCCACAUCGACAACACCACGGGACAGAUCCGCACGGUGAAGGAGCUGGACUACGAGAUCAGCCACGGGCGCUACACCUUGAUUGUCACCGCCACCGACCAGUGCCCCAUCGUCUCGCGCCGGCUGACAUCGACUGCCACGGUGCUGGUGAACCUCAACGACAUCAAUGACAACUGUCCCACCUUCCCUCGACCCUACGAGGGUCCCUUCGACGUCACGGAAGGGCAGCCCGGCCCGCGCGUCUGGACCUUCCUGGCCCAUGACGGCGACUCAGGACCCAGCGGGCAAGUGGAGUACAGCAUCAUCGCCGGGGACCCCCUCGGGGAGUUUGUGAUCUCCCCGGUGGAAGGGGAGCUGCGGGUGCGGAAGGAUGCUGAGCUGGACCGCGAGAACAUCCCCUUCUACAACCUCACCAUCGCUGCCCGGGACCGGGGGGUGCCCCCCCUCAGCUCCACAAUCCUGGUGGGUGUCCGUGUGCUGGACAUCAAUGACAAUGACCCCGUGCUCCUCAACCUCCCGAUGAACCUCACCCUCAGUGAGAACGCCCCCGUCUCCAGCUUCGUCACCCGUGUCCUCGCUCGGGACGUGGACAAGGGGCCAAAUGCCCUCCUGACCUUCGACAUAACGUCGGGCAACACGGAGAAUGCCUUCUACAUCAACAGCACCAGUGGCAUCGUCUACGUAAACCGCCCGCUGGACAGGGAGCGGGUGGCAGAGUACAGGCUGACCAUCACGGUGAAGGACAACCCCGAGAACAUACGCAAUGCCAGGCGGGAUUUUGACCUGCUAGUCAUUUCCAUAGCGGAUGAGAAUGACAACCGCCCCCUCUUCACCCAGAGCUCCUACCAGGCUGAGGUGAUGGAGAACUUGCCCCCGGGGACUCCAGUCACAGUGCUCAAUGGACCCAUCCUAGCUCUGGACGCUGAUCAGGGCAGCAACGCCGUGGUGACCUACCAGCUCCUACAGGCAUCCCUGGACCUCUUUGUUAUUGACAACAGGACAGGCAUCGUUUUGGUGAAGCCCGGCGCCGUGAUAGACAGAGAGGCUUUGCCAGACCCUCGCCUGGAGUACACGCUGGUGGCUCAUGAUGUGGGGGGGCUGAACAGCACCACCAGCCUGGUGGUGACCAUCCUGGAUGACAAUGACAACCGCCCUGUCUUCCAGCCGGCAUCCAUCACGGUGUGGCUGCAGGAGAACAGCCCCCCAGGCUUCUCCGUCCUCCAGGUGACGGCCACGGAUGCUGACAGCGGCCUCAACCAGCAGCUGGAUUACCGGAUCGAGGGCGGUGGCCAGGACAGGUUCCUGAUCGACGCCGCCACGGGGUUGAUCCGUGUGGCCAACAUCAGCAUCGACCGGGAGGAGCGAGAUGCCUACCGGCUGACGGGGGUGGCCGUGGACCAGGGCACGCCGGCGCUCUCCGGCACCGCCACCGUCAGCCUCUUCAUCGAUGAUGUCAACGACUGCCGUCCCGAGUUCAUCAACCCCAUCCAGACGGUCAGCAUCCCCGAGUCUGCCGCUCCUGGCACCGUGGUGGCUGAGGUGACUGCCAUUGACCGGGACCUCCACCCCCGCCUGGAGUACUACCUGCUGGAGAUUGUGGCCCGUGACGACACGGAUGCAUUGGUGCCUGACCAGCAAGGAGCGUUCGUGGUGGAUUUUAGGACAGGAGCUGUGCAGAUCAAAACCCCCCUCAACCGGGAACUGGUGGCCACCUACGAGGUCACCAUCUCCGUCCACGACAAUGCCAGCGAAGUCAUCGACCGCUCGGUCAGCGUGCCCAAUGCCAAGCUGACAGUCAACGUCUUGGAUGUCAAUGACAACACGCCCCGCUUCCGCCCCUUCGGGGUCACCUAUUUCACCGAGAGGAUCCUGGAGGGAGCCACGCAGGGCACCACGCUCAUCUCCAUCUCAGCGGUGGACCCGGACAAAGGUGCCAAUGGGCAGAUUCCCUACGCACUGCUGACCCUCCCCCGGAAGGGGGAGGCCCCCCCCUGCCUCGAAGACCCAUCGGCAGGAAAGGUUGUGGCCAACAGGACAGUGGACUACGAAGAGGUGCAGUGGCUGAACUUCACCAUCCGAGCUUCCGACAACGGCUCUCCCCGCAGAUCCGCUGAGAUCCCUGUGUACCUCCAGAUAGUGGACAUCAAUGACAAUAAUCCCGUUUUCAGCCAACCGUCCUACCAGAAAGCUGUCUUUGAGGACGUGCCAUUGGGUACGAUCAUCCUGAGGGUCAAGGCCACGGAUGCAGAUUCUGGACGUUUUGCUCUCAUCCAGUACAGCCUGGGGGAUGGAGAGGGCAAGUUUGGGAUAAAUCCCAACACGGGUGACAUCUACAUCCUGUCAGCCCUGGACCGGGAGAAGAAGGAUCACUACACACUGACAGCCGUGGCCAGGGAUAACCCCGGGGACGUCUCCAGUAACCGGCGGGAGAACUCUGUGCAGGUGCUGAUCACAGUCCUGGACAUCAAUGACUUCAGACCACAGUUCAGCAAGAGCCAGUUCAGCACCAGCGUCUACGAGAAUGAGCCAGCGGGGACGUCGGUGAUCACUAUGACCGCCACUGACCUGGACGAAGGGGACAACGGCGUGGUGACUUACAGCAUCGAGGGCCCUGGAGCGGAGGCUUUCAAGAUCAAUAAAGAUUCUGGGCUCGUCACAUCCCGGCGCCGCUUGCAGUCCUAUGAGAGGUUCAACCUGACCGUGGUGGCCACGGACAAGGGGCACCCCCCUCUCUGGGGGACCACCAUGCUCCACGUGGAGGUCAUCGACAUCAAUGACAACCGGCCUGUCUUCAUCCGCCCACCCAAUGGCACCAUCCUGCACAUCAAGGAGGAGAUCCCCCUGCGGUCCAACGUCUACGAGGUCUACGCCAUGGACAAAGACGAGGGCCUCAACGGAGCGGUGCUCUACAACCUGCUGAAAACCGGGGCAGGGAACAAAGACUGGGAGUAUUUCAGCAUCGACUCGGUCAGCGGGCUUAUCCAGACAGCCAUGCGGCUGGACCGGGAGAAGCAGGCGGUAUACAACCUGAUCAUCGUGGCCUGUGACCAGGGCCAGCCAGCCUACGAGACCAUGCAGCCCCUCCAGGUCGCACUUGAUGACAUCGAUGACAACGAGCCUGUCUUCCUCAGGCCACCUAGGGACAGUCCCCAGUACCAGGCGCUCUCCGUCCCUGAGCACUCACGGCCAGGCACCGUGGUGGGGAACAUCACCGGGGCAGUGGACGCAGAUGAGGGCUCCAACGCCAUUGUCUACUACUUCAUAGCAGCUGGGAAUCGAGAAAGCAACUUCCAGCUGAGCCGGGAGGGCAAGCUGCAGGUCUUGCGAGACCUGGACCGGGAGAAGGAGCCGUACUACUCCAUCAUUGUCAAAGCGUCCAGCCAGAGGAACUGGUCCCCUCCCCGGGGCCAGCGGGCAGGCAGAGCCCAGCCCUGGGACCUCAGCGGGGACCUGACCCUUCAGGAGGUGCGGAUCUUCCUGGAUGACAUCAAUGAUCAGUCCCCUCAGUUCACCAAGUCAGAGUACACGGCGGGGGUUGCCACCGAUGCCAAGGUGGGAUCGGAGCUGAUUAAGGUGGUCGCGGUGGAUGCCGACGUGGGCAAUAACAGCCUGGUCCUGUAUAACAUCUUGGGCAUCCGCUACAUCAAGCAGCACUCCAAUGACUCUGAGGAGGUGGCCAACAUCUUCAGCAUCGGAACCCUUGAUGGGAUCCUGCGAACCUUUGACCUCUUCACUGCCUACAACCCUGGCUACUUCGUGGUGGACAUCAUGGCUUCUGACCUGGUAGGCCACAACGACACAGCCAUUGUGGGGAUUUACAUCCUGCGGGAUGACCAGCGUGUCAAAAUCAUCAUCAAUGAGAUCCCAGACAAGGUCAGGCAGUUUGAGGAGGAGUUCAUCAGCCUGCUCUCCAACAUCACGGGUGCCACUGUCAACACGGAUGACGUGCAGUUCCAUGUUGACAAGAAAGGGCGGGUGAACUUUGCGCAGACAGAGCUGCUGAUCCACGUGGUGAACAAGGAGACCAACCGCAUCCUGGACGUGGAGCGGGUGAUUCAGAUGAUAGAUGAAAACAAGGAGCAGCUGAGGAACCUCUUCAGGAACUACAAUGUGCUGGAUGUGCAGCCUGCCAUCACCGCCCGGGCCCCAGAUGACCUCUCGGCUCUGCAGAUGGCAAUCAUCGUGCUGGCCGUCCUGCUCUUCCUGGCUGCCAUGCUCUUCAUCCUCAUGAACUGGUACUACCGGACAGUACACAAAAGGAAAUUGAAAGCCAUAGUGGCUGGCUCCACCGGCAACAGAGGCUUCAUGGACAUCAUGGACAUGCCCAACACCAACAAGUAUUCCUUCGAUGGGGCCAACCCGGUGUGGCUGGACCCCUUCUGCCGGAAUAUGGAGCUGGCGGCGCAGGCGGAGCACGAGGAUGACCUGCCGGAGAACCUGAGCGAGAUCACCGACCUCUGGAACAGCCCUGCCCGCACCCAUGGGACCUUCGGGAGAGAGCCCUCUGCGGCCAAGCCCGAGGACGACCGCUACCUGCGGGCAGCCAUCCAGGAGUACGACAACAUUGCCAAGCUGGGGCAGAUCAUGCGGGAGGGACCCAUCAAGGGCUCUCUGUUGAAGGUGGUCCUGGAUGAUUACAUGCGCUUGAAAAAACUCUUUGCCCAGCGGAUGGUGCAUAAGGCGACAGCAAGACAGGGGGACCGCAUCUCGGUUUUGCAGCUGAUCCAGAAGGAGCUGGAGGAGGAGGAGGAGGAACGACACACGCAGCCGGUGGAGCUGAAAGGUCCCGACGGCAUCCACGUGGUGCACGGCAGCACGGGCACGCUCCUCGCCUCCGACCUCAACAGCCUGCCCGAGGAUGACCAGAAAGUGCUGGGUCGCUCGCUGGAGACUCUGACCGCCGACUGCGGGGGCUACAGCGACCACAACGCCCGCACCGA